AUGGAACAUAAAUCAGAGGAAGUGCCGACUGAAGGUACGGUUUCAGUUAAAGAAAAGAGAGAAAUUGAAAGCAUACCUGAACCUAGUGAAGAAGAGAAAAGGUUAGAGAAGCUAGUGUUCGGUGAUAAGGAAGGUUUCGAAAACAACCUCAGGAAAGUUGAUAAUCUUUUUGAUGAAGAAAGAGAGGAAGAUGCAGGCGGACAAAAUUUGUAUGUAUCUGAUUCCGAGUCCGAGGAUGAAUACUUAUCUGGAAUACAAAAUAAAGACGAAACUUUCUUAAAUGAUAAGGAUGGAGAGAACAAAGAAGAAGGUGAUGGUGUAGCAGAUGAUAUGAGCAAACUUCGGGACGACCAGCUAUUUUUAGAUGACGAAAAUGAUGAGGAUGCGGAUAAUGGAUCGAAAAUGGAUGUAGAUAAUAAAAGUGACAAUGAAACAUCAGAUUCGGAUUCAUAUAUGGAUUCAGAUUCAGAUAGCAGUACCACUUCUGAUGCAUGGACAGACAGCGACGAUGAAAAAAUCACGAUUUCAGUGGCUUCACAUAAAAGAUUAAGAAAGCUAAGAGUAAACGAAGAAGAAGAUAAAAUGAAAGGGAAACAAUAUUGCAAACGACUCAGAGCGCAAUUUGAGAGAAUUUUCCCUAGACCUGAGUGGGCUGAUAGGUAUGAAAGUGAUAAUGAUGAAUCAAAGAGACAACAAACAGACAGUGAAGAUGAGGAUUAUGGUGAUGAAGUUGGAUCUUCGGCAAGAACUACAACUGUUAGCGGUUCCAGCAAUUCUCUUCUGGACUUUUUGAGGACAAACCAGACAUACAAGCUUAAGAAUGAGAAUCUACGGCUUCUCUCUCCGGGAAAAAUCGAUAUAGUGAGGUUAACAGAUGCAAAUAUUAAGAAAAUAUCACAUUCAGCAGUUCAGGCCCUUUGCUUUCAUCAUACGCAUCCUCUCUUGUUGACCGGUGGUUAUGAUCGAACUCUUAGAGUUUUUCAUAUCGAUGGUCAACGCAACAACCUGGUGACAUCGAUUCAUCUUAGAAAUUCGCCUGUGCAAUCUGCAGCUUUUGGUAUAGGAGACACAACUGAGAUAUUUGCUGGUGGAAGGAGGAGAUAUAUGUACAAGUGGAAUGUUAAUGCUGGAGUCGUAGAGAAGAUUACGAGACUUUAUGGACAUGAACAGACACAAAGAUCAUUUGAAAAUUUCAAACUCAGUUCUGAUGGCAGAUAUAUUGGACUUAUCGGUAGUUCUGGAUGGGUGAACUUGCUUUCCUCAACUACGGGCCAAUGGAUCAGGGGUUUCAAGAUAGAGGGAACACUUAUAGAUUUCGAUUUUAGUCAAAAUUCGACGAAAAAUAACACGAAGAACAAGCCAUUUUUGGUGGCCAUCAAUACAGCAGGAGAGAUAUGGGAGUUUGAAGUUGAAUCAGGAAAGACUAUUGCCAGAUGGACGGAUGAUACUGGCGUUGGCAUUACUAAAGUUGCUUUAGGUGGAUACAAUGGCAACAACCGAUGGAUAGCUGUUGGAAGUAAGUCUGGAAUAGUGAAUAUCUAUGAUAGAUUUAAGAAUAAUAAGCUUUUGGGCGUGGUUGAGAGCUUAGUCACAAGCAUAUCUGGAAUUACCUUCAAUGCUGAUGGCCAACUUCUUUGUGUGGCUUCGCGCGCGAAGAAGGAUGCUUUACGUUUAGUACACAUUCCAACGUGUAAGGUGUAUAAAAACUGGCCAACCAGUGGCACUCCAUUAGGUAAAGUAACAUCACUGUGUUUCAGCCCGAACAGUGAGAUGCUAGCUACAGGAAAUGAGGCUGGAAAGGUGAGAUUGUGGAGAUUGAAUCAUUACUGA